AUGGCUCCCAUGCCAAUGCUUGAAGGUUCCAGUGAAAUGCAAGAACUAUUGCAUGACGUUUUUGCCAUGCACGAUAAUUGGGAAGAUGAAGGUGGGUCUCAGAUGGGUGUGGAAGCUGGAGUUGUACAACAAGAGGAACAAGGUCCUAUUGAAGAUGCCAAGAAAUUCUUUGACUUGUUGAAACAAACAGAGGAGCCAUUAUGGUCAGGGUGCACAAAACACAACAUAUUUAGUGCAAUUGUUGGUCUUUUUAAUCUGAAGUGUGAAGGUGGAUGGAGUAACGCCUCAUUUACCAAAUUGCUUAGAUUUCUCAAAGAUAUUGUCCCCUCAGAUGCAAAGCUACCUAAUGACACAUAUGAGGCUAAAAAAUUCAUAAAGGACUUAGGACUGGGAUACGAGAAGAUCCCAGCAUGUCCCAAUGGUUGUAUGCUGUUUUGGAAGGACAACGAGAAGCUAGAAAGAUGUACUAAAUGCGAUGCUUCAAAGUGGAAGCAAACCAAGAAUGGGGGUGAUGAUUCAAGACGGCUUCGGAAAUGGCACGCUGAUAAGCGCACAAAGGAUGGGGUGCUAAGGCAUCCUGCCGAUGGACUAGCGUGGAAGGAAUUUGAUGAGCGGUACCCGGAAUUUGCCUCUGACCCACGCAAUGUAAGGCUUGGCUUAUCGUCAGACGGAUUUAAUCCUUUCGGCAACAUGAGCACUUCUCAUAGUACUUGGCCAGUAAUGUUAAUACCGUACAACUUGCCUCCUUGGAUGUGCAUGAAACAACCUUCACAAAUGUUAUCCUUGAUUAUCCGAGGCCCACAUUCACCUGGAAUGAAGAUUGAUGUCUACCUAGAACCCCUCAUUUCUGAAUUGAAGGAAUUAUGGGAUGUCGGACUUUCGACUUAUGAUGCAUCCUCCAAAAGUAACUUCACAAUGCGUGCGGCCUUGAUGUGGACAAUAAAUGAUUUUCCUGCAUAUGGUGAUUUGUCUGGGUGGAGUACGAAAGGGCGUGCUGCGUGUCCUUGUUGUAUGGGUAAUACAUGGUCUAAGCGGUUAAGAAAUGGGAAAAUUUUUUGCUUUAUGGGCCAUAGAAGAUGGUUGCCAAUGGAUCAUAGUUUCAGAAUGGAUAAUCAGUUGUUUGAUGGUACUCAAGAAAUGGAUCCUCUGCCUAUUGUGCCAAAUGGUGAUGAGAUCAUGUCACAAUUAGAGGAAGUUGAUUGGGUUGCAGACCACCGUUAUAUUGCAAAGAAGCAGAAUAUUGUUAGGACAGGUCCUGAAAUGCCAAUAUUUUGGAAGAAAAAGAGUAUUUUUUUCGCAUUGCCAUAUUGGAAAGAUAAUUUGUUACGCCACAAUCUUGAUGUGAUGCACAUAGAGAAAAAUGUGGUUGACAAUAUUAUUGCACGAUAUUGGACAUAA